AUGCCACGUAAGCUACGUAAGAAUAUACGUAAGAGGAAGGGAGCAUUGAAACAUCCAAUAGUAAAACUGACACCACAACAACAGUUGCAACAACAAAUGAUGAAUGACCCCACUAUGUUGCAACAAAUGUCAAGCAACCCUAUGCUUUUAAACCGAGUUAUUGGUGCACAGAGUGGAGGUUUAAGAGCGGCACUUUUAGCGAAAAUGGCAGGCUAUGGUGGAGCUGCAGACGGAACAGCUUAUAACCCUCAAAGUCAAAUGAAUUUGAGUUCACUCAAAAAUCAAAUAUCAGAUGUCAAAAAGUCAAACAUAGACAUACAGAAACAAAUAAGUGAAAACGAAAAGAAACUAGAAUAUGACAGACACACAAAGAAACUCAAUGAGUUAAAC